GCGGCGGCCGAGUGCUCCGCCCGAAGGCGGGUCCGCCAUAAACAAACGCGGCUCGGUUGCACGUGGACCGCUGAGCUUCUGCGCCUCGCGACAGAUCGCAGGCUCCGGGCGCCGCAUCUCCAGGCACAGGGAACCGCCAGGGAGGGCAGGAGAGCGCACCCGGGCCGGGCCCCAGCCGCGUCCGCUCCCCUCCCGCUCCAUGGCUCCGCAGCCGCAGCCGCCCGUGCGGUCCUCCAGCCCGGAGGGGCCUCGCGGCAGCGGAUACGAACACCCGGUCAAGGACUAAACCGCACCGCCGCCUCCUCGCCGGCCGCUCUCCACCCCUAAGGAAAGCCGAGGCAGGGGAGACAAGAGGGAGGAAGGAAGAGCGAGCCGAAGCGAGCGGGAAGCCAGGGCUCUGGUCGCCGCGGAACAGUCCGGCCCGGAGGCGGCUGCGCCCGGGGCGGUGGCGGGAGGAGCGCGGGGCGGCGCCCCCGGGUUGCGCCGAGCUCCCGGCCCACGGCUGCAGAGAGGCAUCUUGGUGCCCCUGGUCGGCCCCACGCACCUGCCCGCGGCCGGCGCCCCACGCUCACCUGGUCUGCAGGGCCCCCUUCCCCAUCGCCGCCGCUGCAGCCAGAGCGGAGCUCCGCGGGCCUGGAGCACGGCCGGGUCUAAUAUGCCCGGAGCCGAGGCGCGAUGAAGGAGAAGUCCAAGAAUGCGGCCAAGACCAGGAGGGAGAAGGAAAAUGGCGAGUUUUAUGAGCUGGCCAAGCUGCUCCCGCUGCCAUCGGCCAUCACCUCGCAGCUGGACAAGGCCUCCAUCAUCCGACUCACCACGAGCUACCUGAAGAUGCGCGCUGUCUUUCCCGAAGGUUUAGGAGACGCGUGGGGACAGCCGAGCCGCGCGGGGCCCCUGGACAGCGUCGCCAAGGAGCUGGGAUCGCACCUGCUGCAGACUUUGGAUGGAUUUGUUUUUGUGGUAGCAUCUGACGGCAAAAUCAUGUAUAUUUCGGAAACAGCUUCUGUACAUUUAGGCUUGUCCCAGGUGGAGCUCACGGGCAACAGCAUUUACGAGUACAUCCAUCCUUCCGAUCACGAUGAGAUGACUGCUGUCCUGGCAGCCCACCAGCCUCUUCACCAUCACCUGCUCCAAGAGUAUGAGAUCGAGAGGUCGUUCUUUCUUCGAAUGAAGUGUGUCUUGGCGAAAAGAAACGCUGGCCUGACCUGCAGCGGAUACAAGGUCAUACACUGCAGCGGCUACUUGAAGAUCAGGCAGUAUAUGCUGGACAUGUCCCUGUACGACUCAUGCUACCAGAUCGUGGGGCUGGUGGCCGUGGGCCAGUCACUGCCGCCCAGCGCCAUCACGGAGAUCAAGCUGCACAGCAACAUGUUCAUGUUCAGGGCCAGCCUCGACCUGAAGCUGAUAUUCCUGGAUUCCAGGGUGACCGAGCUGACUGGGUACGAGCCGCAGGACCUGAUCGAGAAGACCCUGUACCAUCACGUGCACGGCUGUGACGUCUUCCACCUGCGAUACGCGCACCACCUCUUGCUGGUGAAGGGCCAGGUCACCACCAAGUACUACCGGCUGCUGUCCAAGCUUGGCGGCUGGGUGUGGGUGCAGAGCUGCGCCACCGUCGUGCACAACAGCCGCUCGUCCCGGCCCCACUGCAUCGUGAGUGUCAAUUAUGUCCUCACGGACAUCGAAUACAAGGAACUGCAGCUGUCCCUGGACCAGGUGUCCACGUCCAAGUCCCAGGACUCCUGGAGGACCGCCUUGUCUACCUCACAAGAAACUAGGAAAUUAGCUAAACCCAAACACACAAAGAUGAAGACGAAGCUGAGAACAAACCCUUACCCACCACAGCAAUACAGCUCGUUCCAAAUGGACAAACUGGAAUGCGGCCAGCUCGGAAGCUGGAGAGCCAGCUCCCCCGUCCACACCCCGGUUCCCCCAGAACAGCAGCUCCAUUCAGAAGGCAGCGACCUUCUGUAUGCCCCGUCCUACAGCCUGCCCUUCUCUUACCAUUACGGACACUUCCCUCUGGACUCUCACGUCUUCAGCAGCAAAAAGCCAAUGUUGCCGGCCAAGUUCGGGCAGCCCCAAGGAUCCCCAUGCGAGGUGGCACGCUUUCUGCUGAGCACGCUGCCAGCCAGCGGCGAGUGCCAGUGGCACUAUGCCAACCCCCUAGUGCCGGGCAGCCCGUCUCCAGCUAAAAGCCUUUCCGAGCCGCCGGUGAACCCUGCUCGGCACAGCCUUGUGCCAAACUACGAAGCGCCCGCCGCCGCCGCCGCGCGCAGGUUCGGAGAAGACACCGCGCCACCACUGCCGAGCUUCGCGAGCUGUGGGCACUACCGCGAGGAGCCGGCGCUGGGCCCGGCCAAGGCCGCCCGCCAGGCCGCCCGCGACGGGGCGCGGCUGGCGCUGGCCCGCGCGGCCCCCGAGUGCUGCGCGCCGCCGGCCCCCGAGCCGCCGGGCACACCGGCGCAGCUGCCCUUCGUGCUGCUUAACUACCACCGCGUGCUGGCCCGCCGCGGGCCGCUGGGGGGCGCUGCGCCCGCCGCCCCCGCCCUCGCCGGCGGCCCCGGCGCCCCCGACGCGGCGGCCGGCGCGCUGCGACCUCGGGCCCCCGACCCCGCCGCCGCCUCGCCGCCCGGCGCGCCCCUGCCGCACUACCUGGGCGCUUCGGUCAUCAUCACCAACGGCAGGUGACCCGCCCGGGCCGGACCGCGGAGUCCUGGGGCCGCCCCGCCUCGCGCCGGGCUGCCCGCGGGGAGAAGCCAUAGGCCAGCCUCUUUGGCUCCCAUUUUACCAAGUCCAGCCGAGUCAAGAGGGACGAGCUGUACAUGCACGAUUUAAAUUAAUUUAUACAGAGACAACUAUUUUACUAGAACUCCAGCGCCGGCUUUUAGAUUUUUACCCUAGAUGCCAUAACCGUCCGUGUAGAGGACAGAGACACGGCGACGUUGGGGAGACGUGACCGCCCGACCUUUGUUCUGCAAGAGCCGGGUUUUCUGAAAGGGCGUAGCUGAGCGUCCGCGACCGCUCACGUGUGGCCUCAACUACUCCGUCUUUGGGGGGACUUGGUUUCCUUACCUUGAAAUCAGGCUUGCGCGCCUUGCGUGUCCCCGAUGCUCAGUAACAGUCCCUCUGGGGGCUUGGAGGAGUCUCCGCUCCACAGAUACCCUCCACUUUGCGGAGGAAACCCCACCCUGAUACAGUCAGGGGUGCCGGUGGCUGGCCGACCUGGAAGCUUCCUGUAUCCAGAGCCCUUUUAGAUUAAGUCAAGGCAGAAUGUGAUGAUUUAAGUCCCAUGAACGGACAACUCCAUUGUCUUUAAAAGUCAUUCAUGAGUCUAAUUAAAAGCUGUUGUUUUAAUUUAACCCUUUCUUUAAUACAAACAUCAACAAGCCCAGACCAAGGGGGUGAACGUGGGUGUGCUUCACGAGUGCAUUCACAAGCUCUUAUUCCCUCCUAACCCCAUGAACUCUUGAGAAUAGCACCUUCAGAAAUAUAUUGAAUAGGCAUUAAAUGCAAAUAUAUAUAUAUAGCCAGAUAUUUUAUGAGAAUGACAUGUGGAUGAUUUUGGUGCCCAGUGGAUUGGCUACCUCUGUCAAGUUUGAUGACAAGGCAAAAUCCCUCUGGCCCACACAGACCUGUAAUUCCCUAGGCUCGUGUUUGCUACAAGUAGUGCUAAUAAAGUUAGUUACAUUGCAUGUGCAAUAUGGAAGAUUGUCAAUGGACUGCGCCUUGUGGAAGAAAACAUGCUAAAGGGAUGUAAUGAAAAUGAUGUACAUGUUGUCUUCAGCGUUUUCUGCAUUUUAUACAGAGCAAGAAAACUCCACAUGAACAUGUCAUGUGUAUAACAGGUAAACAGAAAUCUUUUUAUAAAGAACCAGCAGGGACUUCCCUGGUGGCGCAGUGGCUAAGACUCCGUGCUCCCAAUGCAGGGGGCCCGGGGUUCAAUCCCUGGACAGGGAACUAGAUCCCACAUGCAUGCUGCAACUAAGAGUUCACAUGCCACCCCACAACUAAGCCCACAUGCAGCAACUAAGACCCGGCACAACCAAAUAAAUAAAUAAAUGUUUCUUUAAAAAAGCACCAGCAGUGUAUUAAAAUAAACUUCCAUUAAUUUUUGUUUUAUUUUUAUACUUUUGCUUCGAGAUUUCACAAUUUAAAAAUCCUAUCAUGGUUCUGAAGUGGAUCAAUGCAUUGAACCACCCUUUUUUCCAUCUGCUCCACACUAUAAAUGCUCUCCCAUUUUGCUUUUUCAAAAAUGGUUUACUUUUAGGAAACUGUCCACCUUUCUGAGUGGAAAGGUUGUUCACAAAUGUCUUUAAAUCACUGUUCUAGAAUCAAAGUGCACCUAUGUCAACUGUUCUUAAAAUGUAAAAGGACCUGUUGCCCACCCAGUGUCACUAUGAGGACCUGCCUCAUUCCGUAGGUGUCAGUUGCCUUAUGGUACAAUUUGCAAAUUUAGGAACAUGUGUCUUGCAGUAAAGAGACAGGGUCAGAAGAAUUAUAGGCAUACACCCCUACACAGCACUUAGCCAUACCUCAUGAGCAGCUUGUUUUGAGUGUGUGCACACAUAAAAUAAGCCUGGGGUAUUAUUUUUAUGCUGUCGAGACCCGUAAUUAAACCAUGAUUCCAGGAAGGUGCAGGUUUGAUGAGCAGGAGAUUCACCUGACAUUUUUCAAUA